CCUGGAUCCUGUGGUUUUUUUGGUUUUUUUUUACUUCGCCUCGCGCCCUUUUUCAUUCAUUUCAUUACGUACCUAGACUGUUUUGCGCCUUACACCAAAGUGACCCAAACCUUGUCACAAGGAAAUCGACAAAACAGGAAAGAGGCGUAUCAACUGGAGGCGGCCGCCGACGACAGAACACAGAGACGGCGACACAGGGAAUCAUGGCAGGACACGCUCGUCGACCUGACGAUAUCAUGCCGCCUCGCGCUGGUUCGAUGGCGAGUGACAAUGCCCCGAACCCUGAAAAGGAGCAGAGCGAAGCCGGUAACUCUGGCGUGCUCGGGGAGCUCAUCAACCACAAGACUCUGACCUGGUGGCAAGGUGGAAUAGUGCUCAUCGCCGAAACCGUCUCGCUCGGCGUUUUGUCUCUUCCAUCCGUGCUCGCCACUCUUGGUUUGAUACCUGGUAUCAUCGUUGUCCUCGCCAUGUCGAUCAUCUCGACAUACAGCGGCUGGGUUCUGGGCGAGUUCCGACGGGAGUACCCGCACGUUCUCAACUUUGGCGAUGCCCUCGAGGUUAUUGGAACUCCGAUAGGAAUGGGUGGCACGUUUCAGGUCAUUUUUGGCUGGUCUCAGGUCUUCUUCCAGGUCUUUGUCAUGGCAUCGCAUAUUUUGACGUGGACCAUCUGCCUGCUUUGGUUGACCAACGGUAGGGGCGUCUGCUCGAUCAUCCUAGGCUUCGUGGGCACUCUGAUCUUUAUCAUUUGCAACAUGCCCCGGACCCUCAAGCACACUAGCUGGAUGUCCAUGAUCAGCUGCGGCUCAAUCACCGCCGCCGUCGUGGUGACGGCCAUCGCUGUCACUUUUACCCAGCAGACCUCUCCCUGGAAGCCUGGGCCCGGUAUGGACAUCGACUUGUUCCGCAAGAUCGAGUUCGCGCCCGCAUUCCUCGGAGUUACCAACGUUGCUGUUGCCUUUUGUGAGUUUACCUAUCCAGUUGGAUGGAGGGAGAAGUUGGCAUUUCUGGUCCUCCCUCGACCUGGAAGCCUAAUGUCGGCACCAGCUAACAAUCCCAUGACACUUGCAGCCUCCCACUCUUGCUUCUUCUCCGUCAUCGACGAGUUCAAGAAGCCCGAAGACUGGCCCAAGGCUCUCGCCUUGCUCCAGAUUGCCGACACGGUUCUCUACCUCUUCGCAGCCAUCAUGAUCUACUACUUUGUUGGCAAGGAUGUUCCCUCCCCAGCUCUUUCGGCCGCGCCGGGUAAAAUCCUCCCCCGUAUCAUCUGGGGCAUUGCGAUCCCGACCAUCGUCAUCGCAGGUGUCAUCUACGGCCACGUCGCGUCCAAGUACAUCUUUGUGCGCGUCUUCCGCAACUCGGCGCAUCUGGAGCGUCGCACCAAGCGUUCCACAGUGGUCUGGAUCGCUAUCGUCAUCGGCCUCUGGGCCAUCGCCUGGGUUAUCUCGGAGUCGAUCCCCGUCUUCAACGGUCUCCUGGGCCUGGUGGCUGCCCUGUUUGUCAGUUGGUUCUCAUACGGUCUCCCGGGCUUGUUUUGGCUCUGGAUGAACAAGGGAGAGUGGUUCUCUGGUCCCAAGCAGAUUGGCAAGUUUGUCGCCAAUGUGUUCCUGGUGGUCACGGGCAUCAUGAUAUGCACACUGGGCCUAUGGGCCUCUGGCAACGACAUUGCGAUCAGUACGUCGGGUUCUUCAAGCACGGUCUGGAAGUGCCGGUCUCUUUGA